AUGGCCAAAAAUGUACACCAGGAGCCCAGCUUGGUUUCCGAAUGCCCCGUCUGCUGGAAUGCUUACAAUAACAUUUUCCGGACCCCCAAACUCCUGCGGUGCGGCCACUCCUUCUGCAUCGAGUGCCUGGCACAUCUCAGCCUGAUCGCCGCCACCCAGAACCAGCUGCCUUGCCCGCUCUGCCGCUGCCUGACCUUGCUCCCCGCCAACCAGCAGGUGACCGAACUGCCCACCGACGUCGCGCUCCUGCACAAGCUGGGCCUGGAGCCCAACCACAUCAUCCUCGAAGGGCGACAACUGUGUCUCAAGGAGCAGCGCAAGACCAGGUACUUCCUGCGGCAACCCAGGGUGUACACCUUGGACCUGGGCCUGGACCCCGAACUCGGCACCCAGCCUUAUCCCGAGAGCCCCCAGCCAGCGACUGUGGCCAGCACCCCCACCGUGCCUCAGCGCUCCCUUCUCCGGGAAUGCACCCGGAACCCGCACCUUCGGAUCUUCACCUACUUGAUGGUCAUUAUCUUAAGCGUGACUUUACUACUCGUCUUCUCCAUCUUCUGGACGAAAAACUUUUUCCCAGGUUUGGGAUGA